CUCUGCAAUCAGUGUACAUUAAUUCCGAAUUUGCCCGUUGAUGGAGACUGAAACUGAGAGAGGCGGUGCAUGCAUGUGGAAAAAGGUCCCUUAUGAUUUUGUCCCCACCUAAUAUCAUUCCCUGUUAUGCUAUAGUUACGAGCAUGUCCAGGCCACCAGCCUCUGAACUAUUAGGAGUAUUAAAACAAGAUUUACAAUUCAGCAGAAGAAAAGAAAAGCCAUGAGUAGAUUUCGAAAAAAGGUGCACCCAACAAUAUUUUUUCAUUUAGUCAAUGCAUGGAAACCACUUCAAAUGCUCUUCAUCACUCAUUUCCACACAAGUCAAGAGAACUAAGUCCACAACACUACACAAAUGAAAUCUCACUGUAACCAUUUGCAGAAAUCAGUGCCACUUACAUUAAUUUCUAUAACAUAUGUACACAUAUAUGAUAUAUAUGUAUGCAUAUAUCAUACAAUACAGAGGAGAGUGCCCUCAUCCCUUCUUUCAUAUAUAGAACAACCCAGAAUCUUUUAGUCAUCCAUAAAUUUAUUUCAAUUGUUUAUUUCUUCAUUACUGGUCAAGGUAGUAUAUGAAAGUUUCAGUAGCAGCUAAUUUUCACCAACAGCAAAUUCUUCAUCCAGAAGCUGAAAUCAGUUUUCCCUUUUCUGGUUUGUGAACAUAUUUCUAAGUACCUGCAAUUGGCCUUUGUCGGAUCAGUCACAUACAAGUACAAUGACAGUCAUCAACAUUAACAUAACUUCUGCAACUUGACAAAGCUAGCGCUUAUAUGUUUCCAUCGUCUCAGGCCUAUCAAUUAGGACAAUCUUAUUAACAGAAAACUCGACUGAGCACUUGAAAAACUUAAUACAUUUUCAAUCGGAAACUAUUUCCACAGCACAAAUAUGAUCAGUAAAGCUACUGUUAAUGCUAAGAAUAUGCACUUUAAUGCCGAGAAUUUGUGAAUAUGAUAGCUUACUGGCGGUGCGGCGUCGUUCCUGGCUUGACGUGACUCCUCCGCCUCGGCGGCGAGUUGGUGUAGCUUUUGCCGGCGAAUUUGCAAAAACAGGUCCUAUAAGACUGUAAUUGAUUUGAUACGCAUUAUUUUCAUGUGUCUACUCUUCGCCAUUGUUGUCUUUUGCGAAUCAAUCGAAGGAACUUUGAAAUUCUGAAACAUGGACAUUGAGCAGAAGCAAGCGGAGCAUAUACACUACUUCGUGAAGAAGGCGUCGAGCCUCAAGGGCUCAGCUCUGUCAAACGUCGUCGUUGAGGCCACUUUCCACCCUUUCUUAUUCGCUUUCUCCGAGAUUCUAUCCGUUCCUAACGUACUCGAGCUUGAAGGAACUGAGAACAGUUCAUUACUUGAGUUGCUUCGCAUAUUUGCACAUGGAACAUGGAGUGAAUAUAAGAGUGUUGCGAGUCAUCUUCCACAAUUGAUUCCCGAUCAAGUUCUCAAAUUGAAGCAGCUGACUGUGCUCACUCUGGCUGAGACAAACAAGGUAUUGCCAUAUGAUACACUGAUGAAGGAGAUAGAUGUUAACAAUGUACGUGAAUUGGAAGAUUUUCUGAUUAACGACUGCAUAUAUGUGGGGAUUAUCAGAGGAAAGCUGGACCAGUUCCGCAGAUGCCUUGAGGUGCACUUUGCUGCAGGAAGGGAUCUUAAGCCAAGACAUUUAGUUAGCAUGAUUCAAACUCUAGCAAACUGGCUAUCUACAUCAGAAAGCCUCCUUGGCUCAAUCCAAGAGAAGAUAAAAUUGGCAGAUACUAUGAAUGAAAUUGACAAGAAGCACAAGAAGGAAGUUGAGGAAAAAGUGGAUGAAGUGAAGAAAACACUAUCUUUGAAGGCCAAUGCCAAGUACAGAGGGUACUAUGAGGAACUCUAUUUUGAGCAUGACAGAGUGAUGGGCUCUGAGGAAAACCGUAGUAUCCGAUACAAAAGGUAG